CUUCCUUGCUAUCAUUGUCCAUUGUGCUUUGUUUAAGUCUGAAGGAAAAUCGAGGCACCCGUCAAGACUUUCAAGAAAUGAUUCGCUUGCUGUGAUGCUAAGUCCCUGUUCUUCACUCCAUUUCUGAAUCUCACGAAGAGUUAUUGUACUCUGAGAAUGGCUUCCAACGAAACAGCGGGAUUAUUACCUGGACGAUCGGCUCCAUUGAGUACCAUCACUUCAAGAGAUCAGAGUGGCGUGGUACUGAUAGCGACUGCUCUCGGCUUAGCAUUCGCCUUGGUCUCCAUGCUCAUUCGCGUUUACAUACAAAUUGGGCUUCGUACUGCAGCUGAUGCUGCAGCUGUACUUUCAGCGGUAACGACUAGCUUAUUUAAACCUACCAAACGUAGUGCCAAUGGCUCUCUACAGGUGUUCUACUUAUUCCAGGCUUCAUCAACAUUCGUUGGUUCCUCGAAGGGUUGGGGCAAAACGGCAAAGGACAUUCCCGAUAGCCAACUUUUGCCUCUACAUAAAGCCAUCUAUUCCAGCGAGAUACUUUACAUCAUUACCUUGUGGUUGACAAAAUGCUCCGUUGCGCUCCUUUUUAUCAAAUUAUCGCCAGACAAGCGGCACAGUCUGGCCUCCUACUCAAUUUUAGGGGCAUCGACUGUUUUUAUGGUCAUAUCAGUACUCACAGUGAGCCUCCGUUGCGACCUGGCCCAACCUUGGAUAUUCAUCGGAGCUACUUGUACUCACGUUUUGUCUCGAUGGCGGACAGUUGCAGCCAUGGACAUCAUCACAGAAGUUGCACUAUUCUCCACUUCUAUAUACCUGGUCAAGAACCUGCAAUUGUCACUACACAAGAAGUCCUUGGUUGUAUUGGCAUUCGGGCUUCGACUACCCAUGACAGCAACCACGAUCCUCCGCCUCGACAGUAUUCAAUCGACUAUCGACUCCACAGAUCCAACACUGAAAGGCACAAUGGCCCAAGUCUAUACCCAAAUCGAGCUCUGCUACGCAAUCAUAGCUGCCACUACACCCUGCCUCAGACCAUUCAUGAAAGCUCUCAGCACACAUUACGGAGCACCUGCAUCUAUUAAAUCCACGCCCACAAAUACCCAUGCUUACACACUAAACAGUUUCUCGAAACGGAGCAAGAUCAGUGGGACGAAACCUUCAAGCCAGGACAGGAUGGAAACAAACCCAGACGAUAUGAAUAUGCCGAACUUGAGGUGGGACAAGAGUUCACACCAUGCGAGUGUGGUGAGUGGUGAUCAGAGGAGUAUACAGAGUCAUGAUAGUAAGCAGAUGAUCAUCUCGAAGAAUUCCCAGUGGACGAUUAAUUAUGAGACUGAGUUGGGAAAGUGCAUUUGA